AUGUCGCAUGAUGUACGCAAAGGUGAGAACAAAUCCGAAGAGCCUGCCGGAGAUGAUUCUGGCGCUCUUUCGAUGUUUCAAGAUCACUACACCACGCAGCUCGAUCCCAAUUGCAUUCCUCCCAAGCAGCGAGCGGAGGCGGAUCAGCUGGCCCGCCAGAUCCACGAAAGCGAGUGGCAAACUCGUGGUCCGAGGGAUCCCACGCAGCCGUCCCCGCCAGGCGCUUUGCAGCAUCAUGAAGUGCAGCAGGUCGGGCUGAUUCCUGGGUCCGCAGACCGCCAAGGUGCUGCGAGCCGGGCACCCUUACCUGCCAUGCCGAAGAUGACAAAGAUGUCUGCCAACAUCGGACGCGGGCUGAACGCAAUGAACCUGGAGCUGCCGCUGUCGGUGCAGGACCGGCCUGCUCCUGAUGGCCAGGUGACCUCGCAGCUGGCCCAUCAGCUGAAGGAUCUGCAGGCUGCGAACGGGACCGCCGAAGCCAGGGAGCGGCUACUAAGACAGACCUCCCAAGGACCGAGCGAAGCCUCGCAAACCAUGGCUUUCGUGGAGGAACCGGAGGAGGCUUAUCCUAAAGCCCGGAGCAGCGGGGAGAGCGGCCAAAGGCAGUUGCGAGGCCUUCAGCCUCUGGGCAGGAUUGUGCCGGCCACGUUCGAUCACGACCAGGAUCGGCGUGCUGGACUUGCUUUGAUGCCAGGUGCGGUGCUGCGGAAGAUGGGUGAGACUGCCUUCGAAAGACGUCAAGGUCUAACAAAUCGAAUCAACGCUUUGAACCUGGAACCUGGACCUCCGGACAUGCUCCACAAGUUGGACCAUCGGCACAAGAGAAGGACGGCGGAAGAAGAAAAGGAGCUUCGUCGGACACUGCGGAACUCGUGGCGGGCAGAGAAGGCCCAGAACAGCGACGCACAGCAGCAGCCGUCGCCGACACCGUCCGUUGCCGAAGAAGCCGACCUUCCGGAGGAGUCGCAGCCACUGCAGCGCAUGCUGCUGACGGCCGCAGCGGAAGAUGCGGCAGCAGCGAGUGCAGAGGCACGGAUGCAGCUGGAUCGCAGGAGGAAGGCCAACAGCAGGAAAGAGGAAGCGCGGGUGAGCAGCAAGGAUGCUGGCGGCGCCUCUUCGUUUCCGGAGGCGCUUCAGCCUCUCGUUGCAGGUCCGCAGGGGGUCGAUCGAGGAGAACCUGCCGGCCUACCGCUCCAAAGCGUCGGCGGCUCUGCGAAAACCUUCCGGAGCCCAGGCAUGGAGGAGGUUCCCCUUGAUCACGGAGAGGACCUGGGCUUGGAUCAUGGCGAGCAGCCUAUGACGAAGCAGCUGCUGAUGCAGCUGUCCCAUGCGGAUCCAAAGCUGAGCGAACAGCCGGAACCACCGAAAUCCUUCAACGUGCUUGUGACCGGUCGCUCCGCCGGGGCCAAGCUUUCCACGGACGCCGUCCUGCAGCGGUUUUUUGCAGCAGCCUGCAGCGAGCAGCCCUCAACUGCUGCGACCCAGUGGCCCCAGGCUGCGGGAAACAGCUACAGGACGAUUCUCGCAAAUGGGAUGAACAUACCACCAGGUGCUGUGGCCAUGCCCGUCCCGGCACAGCAGGCUUUGGAACCAGUGCCGGGCCCACCGCAGCCACCGCAGCAACCGCAACAACCAGGGUCUCUACCAACUGCGGCCACAGGGCACGGCGACGGCUACCCGCCAGCUUCUGAGAACGACCAACCCGGUGGAGGGCAGAGAAAGGAAGGUAAACGUGAGAAGCGGAAAGGAAAGCAUGCGCAGGAGAGGGGCAGAGACCAUCAGCAACAGCAGCCGCCACCGCCUCCACCCCAGUCGCGGGCGCAGCAACAGCAGCAGCAGCAACAGCAACAGCAGCAACAACAGCAACAACAGCAGCAGCAACAGCUUCAGCAGCAACAGCAGCAACAGCAGCAACAGCAGCAACAGCUCCAGCAACAGCAGCAGCAGCAACAGCUCCAGCAGCAACAGCAGCAACAGCAGCAGCAGCAGCAGCAGCAGCAACAGCACCAGCGGGAUCGCAGAGAUCGGCGAGAUCUGUCUGCGCAGUCCAACACUGCGGAGACUCCAUAUUCUGCAACAGGUGCCAAUACUGCUGGUGGCUGUGGGUGCUAUGCUCCACCACCGGCUGGUGCAUGUGGUGGUUGUGCCUGCAUGCCUUGUGGCUGUGGUGGCUGUCAGUGUGGUUGCUGCCCCUCCGGCUGCGGCUGCCUUUGUGGAGGAUGCGGUCCCUGUGGAGGCUGCGCCUGCUGCCCAAGUGCUUUGCCAUGUGGUGGCUGCGGCUGCUGUGGUGGCUGCUGCACGAACCAGGCCGACGGAUCCUGCGGAUCUCUGAGCGCUCAAAGGCAAGGACAAGGUGAAAGCCAGGGCUCCCAGGGCAAUCAGAACGGAAACGCACCAAGCGCAGCUGCUUGUGGUGGCUGUUGCGGUCGUGGCUCCUGCGGUGGCUCCUGUGGAGGUUCCUGUGGGUGCAGCGGCUGCAGUGGUUGCAACCCUGGCCAAGCUUGCAUGGUCAAAGCUGGUGGUGGUUGCUGUGGUUGCAGUGGGUGUGGCUGCGAUGGUGGCUGCUGUGGUGGCUGCAACGCCUGCCAAGGCUGUGGCUGUCCCAGUGGCUGCUGCAACGCUGGCUGUGGCGCCUGCGGGUGCAUGGGCUGCCUCAGCUGCGGCUGCACAGGCUGCCCUACAGGCUGCCCUGCCGGAGGUUGCCAAGGCUGCCAAGGUUGCCAGCCCGGAGCCUGUGGAUGUUGCGGGUCGCCAACCGGUUCUUGUGGUGGAACCUGCAGUGCUUCCAUGGGUUGUAGUGGCAGUGGCAUGGACGGCAACUUGAGAAGUUGCGGUGGAAGUGGUUGCAUGAACAUGCCAUGUGGCGGCUGCAACUUCCAGAGCGCAUGCAGUGGUUGUUGUGGCGGCUGUGGUGGAUGCGGACUUUGCGGCUCUGGGUGCGGCUGCUCUGGAUCUCAAGAUGGUGGAGGUUCAAGAGCCAGUGAAUGUGGCGGUUGCACCAGCAUGGCUUGCGGCAACAGCUUUGCCAGUGGCUGCAGCGGUUGCGGUGCCGGAGCUUGUGGAGCUUGCGGAGCAUGUGGAUGCGCUGCGGGUGGUUGUGGUUCGUGUGGUUGUGGUGCAGGUGGUUGUGGUGCGGGCGCGUGUGGUGCGGGCGGCUGUGCGGCCGGAAGUUGUGCCGUUGCCGGCUGUGCUGGGUGUGCCGCGGGCGGUGGGGCGGCUGGUUGUGCCGCAGGAGGAUCUUCUGGCGGUUGCGGCGCAGAUGGCUGUGGCAUGGGCGCUUGUGGCGGCUGUGGUGUCGGCAACUGUGGAGCGGGUGGUUGUCCAGGAUGCGGCAGCAUGGGCUGCGCUGGCUGUGCGAGCGGUGGCUGCAGCGGUUGUUGUGGCGGUGGUGGCUGUGUCCCUGCUGGCGGCUGUGGCAGCGGGGGUUGUGGCAACAACAGUGGCUGCGGUGGUGGCAACUGUGGAGGCGGCUGUGCCUGUUUGGCUGGCUGCCCCCAAAAUCCAUCUGCCUGUUGUAGUGGUUGUGGAGUUUGCAAUGGCGGAGGUGGCUCUGCCAAUGCGCCCAUGCAAACAUUAGUAGGCUUGCUACCAAUGCAGCAGAACGGAAGCGUUCUAGGAAUGCCAAUGGCGCUGAUUUCUCCUGGAUCAGGCCAACCCGGCUGCUUUCCGACAGCCUAUCUAAUGGCACCGCAGGAUUCGCUGCAACAGCAGGCGCAACAGGCGCAGCAAGUGCAGAAUCCGCAAACGGGGCAGCAGCCACAGCAUCAGCAGCUGCCGACGGUGCACCAGUGA